AUGUCAUCCUUGAUUAAUCAAUACAUAUUUACAUCAAGUAUGUUGAAUAAAUCUAAUGCUUUCAUUGAAAAGACUAUACAAAAAGGUGAUGCCGAUUUAUAUAUAGCACAAGCCCAUAUUUCACAAUUUCCUACUUAUCAAACAGAAACUUAUUGUCUUCAAUCAACAACUUGUGGAAUUGACGUUGUUCACGUGCCAAAGUGGUUUAAACGCCCCAUAUAUUUAGGUAUUUAUGGUCAUCCUUCACAUGAAGUUUCCAAGUACACCUUAGAUAUUAUUCAAAAGCAAGUACCAGGAGAAGAAUUUAAACUGAAUUUGUUUGAAUUAGAUGAAGAAAAUGAAACUUUAGUUAUAAAUGAAGAAUAUGAUGAAAAUAUUGAUAAAGAAGAGCAAGUAAUUGAUAUUUUUGGAAUACCUCUUCAAUUAGUUUGGAAUUUAAUGAGUAUAAUCAUAGAAGUACUUUUUUUAUAA